AUGAAAGAUAACUUUAAUUAGGGUUAAACAUUUGAAUUCUUACACUUAAAAGCUGAGGGCGCAUCUCCGCUGCUGCGUCUGGCUGCCAUAAUUACAUCACCACAAAGCUCCUCCCUCCCGCACGCAAUGGGUUGUGGGCAAUAUUAGCCGUUAGAGUGUGGAUCGAUCUGCACUUCGAAAUCUAACCGGAAAUAGUAGACCAUCCGGGUAUCUUUGGGAUACUCAUUUCAACAUACUACGUUUUGGGACGUACUAAUUCUAGUUUCGAAUACUAUUUAGGACGGAUAGUAUGCGAAUUGGGACUCAGCAUCAGAGUUUCGGCCCUUGGGUUCUAUACUCUUUGAUUAUAGUCAGUUGUCUCUAGUCUUCAACAGUCUUUGGCAGUAGCUACAACGCAGAAGUCAAGGAAAUGUCUGUGAUGGAUCUGCUACAGCUUUACGAGUGGAUCGACAUCAAGUGCAUUUUAAUAUUCUUAUGUGUGUUUUUGUUAUUGGGUGAUUAUAUCCGAAAUAAACCUCCGAAAAACUUUCCUCCAGGACCCUGGUCUUUGCCGAUUAUUGGAGAUCUUCAUCAUAUCGAUCACACGAGAAUUCAUCUUCAGUUUUUAGAGUUUGCAAAAAAAUAUGGCAAAAUCUUCAGCAUUAGAAUUGGUCCAAGAAUGGUUGUGUUGGAUGGGUAUAAACUAGUAAAGGAGGUGUAUGUACAACAAGGGGACAACCUCGCUGAUCGACCCAAUAUACCUUUAUUUGAGUUCUUUGAAAACAGAGGUUUAGUUGCCUCCAGUGGUUAUAAAUGGAAGCAACAGAGAAGAUUUGCACUCUCAACACUUAGGAAUUUUGGAUUGGGAAAAAAAAGCCUUGAACCAUCCAUCCACCUUGAAUGUCGCUUUUUCAAUGAAGCCAUUGCAAAUGAACAUGGUAGACCAUUUGAUCCUCAGGUCCUGCUGAACAACGCUGUGUCAAAUGUGAUCUGUGUCCUUGUGUUUGGUAAUCGAUUUGAGUACAGCGACAAUGAAUUCCAGUCUCUGUUGAAGAAGAUGAGCGAGGCUGUGUAUCUUGAGGGCGGCAUCUGUGCUCAACUUUAUAACAUGUUUCCAUGGAUCAUGAAGCGACUGCCUGGAUCACACCAGAAAAUAAUUGCUCUGUGGAAGGAGGUUAUUGACUUUGUUCGUGAGAAGGUGAAUACACACAGGGUGGACUAUGAUCCAUCAGAUCCUCGAGACUACAUCGACUCCUUCCUUAGUGAGAUGGAUAAAUUGAAGGAGGACAAAGAUGCUGGGUUUGACAUAGAGAACUUGUGCAUCUGUACAACGGAUCUGUUUGUGGCAGGAACUGAGACCACCACCACCACUUUAUACUGGGGUCUUCUCUGCAUGAUCAAAUAUCCUGAGAUACAGGCUAAAGUUCAGGAGGAGAUUGAUUGUGUUGUGGGUGGGGAACGUCAACCAUCUAUAUCAGACAAAGACAAGCUGCCCUACACCAAUGCUGUCAUUCAUGAAAUCCAAAGAAUUGGAAAUAUUGUUCCAAUAAACCUUGCCCGAGUUGUUGGGGAAACUACCCAGAUCGGAAAAUACUCUAUUCCAAAGGGCACGCUGGUUACUAGCAACUUGACAUCAGUGCUGUUUGAUGAAUCUGAGUGGGAGACACCGCACUCUUUUAACCCAAAUCACUUCCUGGAUGCUGAGGGCAAAUUCAGGAGAAGAGAUGCCUUUUUGCCUUUCUCUAUAGGAAAGAGAGUGUGUCUUGGUGAGCAGCUGGCAAGGAUGGAACUCUUCCUCUUUUUCUCCUCUCUGCUUCAGCGUUUCACGUUGUCUUCACCUGCAGGUGUGGAGCCCAGUCUGGAUUAUAAACUGGGGUCCACUCACUGUCCUCAGCCAUACAAAUUAUGUGCAGUGGCACGCUAAACAAUAACACACAAAUAUAUGUUUAUAGAUUGCUGAUGGUACAAAGUAGUUACAAAUUAUAAAAUUGUUCUUGUAAUUGUAGAACAGGAGUUGGCCACUGUAGGUUUAGAAUCAGUAGUAACUGUGAAUUUCAGUUUGCAUCCUGAAAGUAUAUAAAAAGUAUGUGCUGGUUUAUGGAAAAUAAUAAUUUUAUAUCAGUUUUGAGUGGUGUGAGACACCGCAUCACAUUUUGUCUUCUUACCGCAGACCCUCUUGUCACACACACACACACACACACACACACACACACAAAUGUACAUACAACAGGUUAUUGGAGAUCAAACGUUCCUCUUUGGCAGCACGUGAAGGGUACAUAUGGCAGAAGAACAAUUUUUAGUUAUUUUGCUUAUCAGGAAUGUAUAUUAUUAAAUGUAUUUAAGUCUCCAA